UGAACAGGAUACAAUGGGGCACCAGUAGGUUAGAGUUUGAAGUCUGUUGUAAUAAGGAACCAUGGUUUCCCUGUGUCGCGAGACUUCUGCUACUCACAGCUAGAAAGGAGGCACUGGGGAUACACAGUAACUGUUUAAAAUGCGAAAGGUGAAGGUCCUAAAUCAAUUCCACCUGGAAAUGAAUUGCAGAAGAACUGCUAGGAUCCUAAAGCCAAGGGCAAUCCCAGCUCUUCACAGCAGUGGUUUUGAAGCCUGUGCAGUGAGAAAAAUAGCUCCACUGCUGCAUGGAAAGGUGUCAGGAUGCUGCCACCUGCUCCAGGAGGAGGAUGGAGAGAAGAGGUUGCUGCUGUAAAUCUCUUUGUGCCAGGGAGUGUAAGAGCCGAAGAUGAGGCCCAGGGUGGAGUGCUACUCUCCAAGGUUUUGGCUGGUGCUGGCAGUCCUCGCAACAACAGGGAGCGGGGCCCAUGCCCAGAAAAGCCACCCGAGCAUUGGCAUUGCAGUUAUCCUGGUGGGGACCUCAGACGAAGUGGCCAUCAAAGAUGCCCACGAGAAAGAUGACUUCCACCACCUCUCAGUGGUGCCCCGGGUGGAACUGGUGGCCAUGAAUGAGACAGAUCCCAAGAGCAUCAUCACCCGCAUCUGUGACCUCAUGUCUGACCGGAAGAUUCAAGGGGUGGUAUUUGCUGAUGAUACAGACCAGGAAGCCAUUGCCCAGAUACUGGACUUCAUCUCUGCCCAGACCCUCACUCCCAUCCUGGGAAUCCAUGGAGGCUCCUCUAUGAUCAUGGCAGAUAAGGAUGAGUCAUCCAUGUUCUUCCAGUUUGGCCCAUCAAUAGAACAACAAGCUUCUGUCAUGCUCAACAUCAUGGAAGAAUACGACUGGUACAUCUUCUCCAUUGUCACUACUUACUUCCCUGGUUACCAGGACUUUGUGAACAAGAUCCGCAGUACCAUUGAGCACAGCUUUGUGGGUUGGGAACUGGAGGAGGUCCUUCUGUUGGACAUGUCCCUGGAUGAUGGAGACUCAAAGAUCCAGAACCAGCUCAAGAAGCUCCAAAGCCCUGUUAUCCUCCUCUACUGCACAAAGGAAGAGGCCACCUACAUUUUUGAGGUGGCCAACUCAGUGGGUCUGACAGGCUAUGGUUACACAUGGAUUGUGCCCAGCCUGGUGGCAGGGGAUACAGACACAGUGCCAUCUGAGUUCCCCACUGGGCUCAUCUCUGUCUCAUAUGAUGAAUGGGACUAUGGUCUUCCUGCCAGAGUAAGAGAUGGAAUAGCCAUAAUCACCACGGCUGCUUCUGAUAUGCUGUCUGAACACAGCUUCAUCCCUGAGCCCAAGAGCAGCUGUUACAACACCCAGGAGAAAAGGAUUUACCAGUCCAACAUGCUUAACAGGUACCUGAUCAAUGUCACCUUUGAAGGAAGGAAUUUGUCGUUCAGUGAGGACGGAUACCAGAUGCAUCCCAAGCUAGUCAUCAUCCUUUUGACCAAGGAGAGGAAGUGGGAGAGGGUGGGGAAAUGGAAGGAAAAAAAGUUGCAGAUGAAGUAUUACGUUUGGCCACGCUUUGAGCUAUAUCCUGACUCUGAGGAACGUGAGGACGAUCACCUGAGUAUUGUGACUUUGGAAGAGGCACCAUUUGUCAUUGUGGAGAACGUGGACCCCCUAAGUGGUACCUGCAUGAGGAACACGGUCCCUUGCCAAAAACGCAUAGUGACCGAGAAUAAAACUGAUGAGGAGCCAGAUUACAUGAAGAAAUGUUGCAAGGGGUUCUGCAUAGACAUCCUCAAGAAAAUCUCGAAGUCUGUCAAAUUCACCUAUGACCUCUACUUGGUGACUAAUGGCAAGCAUGGAAAAAAGAUCAAUGGGACGUGGAACGGAAUGAUUGGAGAGGUUGUCACCAAACGGGCCUAUAUGGCUGUGGGAUCCCUCACCAUUAAUGAGGAACGUUCAGAAGUGGUGGAUUUCUCUGUGCCCUUCAUUGAGACGGGAAUCAGUGUCAUGGUGUCACGUAGUAAUGGAACUGUCUCACCUUCUGCCUUCUUAGAGCCUUUUAGUGCUGAUGUAUGGGUGAUGAUGUUUGUGAUGCUGCUUAUCAUCUCUGCGGUGGCUGUCUUCGUCUUUGAGUACUUCAGCCCUGUGGGCUAUAAUCGGUGCCUUGCUGAUGGCAGAGAACCAGGAGGUCCCUCUUUCACCAUUGGCAAAGCUAUCUGGCUGCUGUGGGGGCUGGUGUUCAACAACUCUGUGCCAGUUCAGAAUCCCAAGGGUACCACUAGCAAGAUCAUGGUGUCAGUGUGGGCCUUCUUCGCUGUCAUCUUUCUGGCCAGCUACACUGCCAACCUGGCUGCCUUCAUGAUCCAAGAGGAAUACGUGGACCAGGUGUCUGGCUUGAGCGACAAAAAGUUCCAGAAACCAAAUGACUUCUCACCCCCUUUCCGCUUCGGGACAGUUCCGAACGGCAGCACAGAAAGGAACAUUCGCAACAACUACCCUGAAAUGCAUAGUUACAUGGUGAAGUUCAAUCAGAGAGGGGUGGACGAUGCACUGUUCUCGCUGAAAACUGGGAAGUUGGAUGCUUUCAUUUAUGAUGCAGCAGUGCUAAACUACAUGGCUGGCAGAGAUGAAGGCUGCAAGCUGGUCACGAUUGGGAGUGGGAAAGUGUUUGCCUCUACUGGCUAUGGCAUUGCCAUCCAAAAGGACUCAGGCUGGAAGCGACAGGUUGAUCUUGCAAUUCUACAGCUUUUUGGAGAUGGGGAGAUGGAGGAGCUGGAAGCUCUCUGGCUCACUGGCAUUUGUCACAAUGAGAAGAAUGAGGUUAUGAGCAGCCAGCUGGAUAUAGAUAACAUGGCAGGUGUCUUCUACAUGCUGGGAGCAGCCAUGGCCCUUAGUCUCAUCACCUUCAUCUGUGAGCAUCUCUUCUACUGGCAAUUCCGCCACUGCUUCAUGGGCGUCUGCUCUGGCAAGCCUGGUGUGGUCUUCUCCAUCAGCAGGGGUAUCUACAGCUGCAUCCAUGGCGUGGCCAUUGAAGAACGCCAAUCAGCAAUGAACUCCCCCACAGCAACUAUGAACAACACCCAUUCCAACAUCCUCCGCCUGCUUCGGACAGCCAAGAACAUGGCCAACCUGUCAGGGGUCAACGGCUCACCACAGAGUGCCCUGGACUUUAUCCGCCGCGAGUCAUCUGUCUAUGAUAUCUCUGAGCACCGCCGCAGCUUCACCCACUCAGACUGCAAAUCCUACAACAACCCCCCCUGUGAAGAGAACCUCUUUAGUGACUAUAUUAGUGAGGUGGAAAGGACCUUUGGCAAUCUCCAGCUGAAGGACAGCAAUGUGUAUCAGGACCACUACCACCACCACCAUCGCCCCCAUAGCAUUGGCAGCACCAGCUCAAUUGACGGGCUCUAUGACUGUGACAACCCUCCCUUCAAUGCCCAGUCACGCUCCAUUGGGAAGAAGCCCUUGGACCUGGGGUUACCCCCGGCCAAGCACAGCCAGCUGGGUGACCUUUAUGGCAAGUUCUCCUUCAAGAGUGACCGUUAUGGGGGCAGUGGGACCCAUGACGACCUGAUCCGCUCAGAUGUCUCUGACAUUUCCACUCACACAGUCACCUAUGGCAACAUCGAGGGCAAUGCAGCCAAGAGGCGGAAGCAGCAGUACAAGGACAGCCUAAAGAAACGCCCAGCCUCUGCCAAGUCCCGGAGGGAAUUUGAUGAGAUAGAGCUGGCCUACCGCCGGCGCCCACCCCGCUCGCCUGACCACAAGCGCUACUUCAGGGACAAGGAAGGGCUACGGGACUUCUACCUUGACCAGUUUCGGACCAAGGAGAACUCACCGCACUGGGAACAUGUGGACCUGACGGAUAUCUACAAAGAAAGGGGAGAUGAGUUUAAGCGUGACACAGGAGGAGGAGGAGGAGGAGGGAGUGGAUCCUGCACUAACAGGGCUCAUCACAAGCAUGGCUCAGGCGAGUUUGGUGGAGGCAAUGAGCACAAGCAUGGCGUUGUGAGUGGGGUCCCAGCGCCGUGGGAGAAGAACCUGACCAAUCUAGACUGGGAAGACCGGACCGGGGCUAAUUUCUGCCGCAGUUGCCCUUCUAAGCUGCACAACUAUACGCCAUCAACAGUGGGGCAGAACUCCACUCGCCAGGCCUGCAUCCGCUGUGAGGCUUGCAAGAAAGCAGGCAACCUGUAUGACAUCAGUGAGGACAACUCACUCCAAGAGCUGGACCAGCCGCCUGCCCCUGUGCCCGUGGCCACCAAUGCCACCUCCUCCUCCAAAUAUCCUCAGAGCCCUUCCAAUUCUGCCUCUAAGGUGCAGAAGAAGAACCGCAACAAACUCCGCCGGCAGCACUCCUAUGACACCUUUGUGGACCUGCAGAAAGAUGACUCAGCCCUGGCCCCCCGCAGUGUCAGCCUCAAGGACAAGGGCCGCUUUUUGGAGGGGAGCCCUUACGCCCACAUGUUUGAGAUGCCAGCCAGUGAGACCACCUUUGCCAACAACAAGUCCUCAGUGCCCGCCACCAGCUACCACCACCACAACAACCCCGGCAGCAGUGGGGGCUAUAUGCUCAGCAAGUCGCUCUACCCUGACCGGGUCACCCAAAACCCUUUCAUCCCCACUUUUGGGGAUGAUCAAUGCUUGCUCCACGGCAGCAAAUCUUAUUUCUUCAGGCAGCCUGUGGUGGCAGGAGGGCCCAAAGCCAGGCCAGACUUCCGAGCCAUUGUCACCACCAACAAGCCGGUGGUCUCAGCCCUUCAUGGGGCUGUGCCAGCCCGUUUCCAGAAGGACAUCUGUAUAGGGAACCAGUCCAACCCCUGUGUGCCUAACAACAAAAACCCCAGGGCUUUCAAUGGCUCCAGCAACGGGCAUGUUUAUGAGAAACUCUCCAGUAUUGAGUCUGAUGUUUGAGUGAGAGGG